AUGUUUUGGGUUUCUUCUCGUCCCACUUAUCGUCAAACAUUUCCUUUUUCUAUCCGUUCAAAUCCGUGUCAAGGGGUUAAACCUUUUUCAACUAAUAUUACUUCGACACAAAAACUCACGUAUCCUAUCUUUUUAGCCAUUUUCCCCGUAUUAUCUUUUGGUUUGGGUACUUGGCAAAUACAAAGAUUACGUUGGAAAGUUAAAUUAAUUGAAGAAUGUGAGGAUCAGUUGUCUAAACCACCUAUUAAUUUACCAAAAAGAGUAAAUUUGGAUGUUUUGAAAGAUUAUUUAUAUAGACGCGUUAAGACUUCGGGACAUUUCCGUCAUGACCAAGAACUUUACUUGGGCCCAAGAACAUUCAAUAAUCAACUUGGGUAUUAUGUUAUCACUCCAAUUGAACGUGAAAAUGGAACCACAGUUUUGGUUAAAAGGGGGUGGAUUUCGAAAGAAAAACUUAAUCCAUCAACGAGACCGGCUGGACAAAUCAAGGACAAUGUAAUCAUUGAAGGUUUGUUAAAAGGUUCAGAAAAGAAAUCGUGGUUCGUUCCAGAAAAUAGCCCAGAAAAAAACCAAUGGUGUUGGCUAGAUAUUGAUACUAUGGCUCAGAGAACAGGAGCUCAACCAGUAAUGAUAGAACAAAGUUUGGAAGGAUCCCCAUUUCUGACGAAUCAUUUGAUCCAAAAUGGUAUCCCAGUCGGAAAAAUUCCAAAUGUGGAAUUACGAAACACGCAUUUACAAUAUGCAAUCACAUGGUAA